AUGGCGCCAUUCGAACCAGCUUCCAAGCAGGGCAUGCUUGCCUACGCCGCCCCUAACUUUUACCAACCGCACCAAGCACGCCAAGCCAUCCGAGAUGCCCACGAGAAGAAGAUUCCUCCUCUCUUGUUCUAUUACGCGGGGCUCAGCUCUGUCCCCAUCACUCGAUUCCUCGCACCAAUGGGCUAUGACGGCGUGUGGAUCGAUUGGGAGCAUACACCAUGCAACGUCGAGACGAUGACCGAUAUGGUGCAUGAAGCCAUUUUUAUGAGUGGCGGUCGUACCAUUCCCUUCGUUAGAGUGCCUGGGCAUGAUCAUGCGGCCAUUGGAUGGGCCCUCGAUGCCGGAGCUAGCGUAGUUGUCCCUCAAGUUGAGACGGUCGAGCAGGCGAAGCAUGUCGUCUCCUCGGCCAAAUUCGGUGUUAGGAACAGUAACGGGAGUCGGUCCGCACCGCCCUUCCGUUAUAUCCCAGGUCUCACUGACACUCCUUGCUACCCGAACAAGGAGUUUUGGGAAUGCCUGAACGAGCAAGCGGCCAUCAUGAUUCAGGUGGAGAGCAAGUUGGGUGUCGAAAAUCUGGACGCCAUAUUGACUGAAUGCCCAGAUAUUGAUAUUGUGUGGCUUGGAAGUCUCGAUGCCAGAGUCAGCAUGUCUCUCCCUUCGAAUCACGGAAUGGGUGGCGCCGAGCCGGAGUGGCUUGAAGUGGUGGAGCUCUACGAUGCGACCAUGAAGAAGCACAACAAACCAAGGGGCGGUUUUUCUUUUCCCAACCCGCCAUUUGGGUCAGCAGAGGGUCUGAAGAAAGCUAGCGAGACAUUAUCGCUAAUCACUGUCUCCGCCGACGUUUUGCAUCUUUCCUUCCUGGCUCAGGAUCUUGCUGAUUGCAAGAGGAUUAUUGGAGAGAGCAUCGCGGAGAAAAACGGUUUCACAGCGAAGAACGGCAAGGCAGAUGCCUAA